UUCUCGAUGAUUGUGAGUACUUUCACGUGGUUAGCGUUGGCGCAGCCUGAUGUCUGCGUCCGCCUGGAUUUGUUUAAUCAAUGUUGGAAUCUGAAUAUUGGUCAGAAAGUCUUAUUUGGUAGCCUGAGUGUUCUUAAGUCUACUCAUGCGGCCAAUACUAAACCAGGCGUGGACUUUCAGGGGACAACGGCCAGGAUUAACCUAAGGGGUAUCUAGGUAAUAGUUCCGAGUCACACGGGGAGACUGACUGGUUAAAUAUGGUUGGGAAUGUCGGCAAUCUCUUGUAUUUGGAAG